AAAAAUAUAAAUAGAUAAAUAGUAAACGACGAUCUUGGGAAUAUAUGUCAACCCAGACAAACCACAAUUCCCCCCCCCCCCCCCCCGGCUUUCUCUCACAUCCCGACGAUGAGUUACCAGAAAGCUCCCCAAGAACCCUAUCCACCACCAGGGUAUACUUUUCCGUACCCGCCGCCGCCGCCACCGGGGUACCCAUCAGCUCCACCAUACGAAGGGUAUCCACCCGCCGCCCCACCGCCGCCUGGGUAUCCGGGCUACCCUCCGCCGUUACCUCAGCCUCCGCCCUAUGAAGGUUAUCAGGGGUAUUUCGGACAAGGCUACCCUCCACCGCCUCCGCCACCAGCUCCGCAAUACCAGCACUACCACCACCAUUAUGAAGACCAGACCGGUUGUGCCUCUUUCUUACAAGGCUGUUUGGCUGCGCUUUGCUGCUGCUGUUUGCUGGAGGAAUGCUGUUUUUUUCUUUAAUGUCACAACAAAUGUUGUUUCUUGAGUUGGCUUGGAGCAGUUCGCUAUUUUGUUUGAUUUUACAUAAUCUUUGCGGGGGGUUCUGGGAAUGCUUUUUCUUUACGCCUCGUGUGGGAUAAGGAGGUUUUAUGAUGUAGUUUAUGGGGGGCGCUGUGACCUUGUAAUCUUAUUGUAUUUCAACGGGUACUUUCAUUAGUAAAAUUGUUCUUAUUCUUGUGUG